AUGCUCCGGUGGGCAGUGCACUUGGAAGGAGGGCCCCGCAGGGUGAACCACGCGGCCGUGGCUGUCGGGCACAAGGUCUAUUCCUUCGGCGGGUAUUGCUCUGGGGAGGACUAUGAGACCCUGCGCCAGAUCGACGUCCACGUUUUUAACGCAGUGUCUCUGCGCUGGGUCAAGCUACCUCCAGUGUGGACCAACAGCCGAGACCAGGUGAGGGAGGUGCCCUACAUGAGGUAUGGGCACUCAGCAGUGCUCAUAGACGACACCGUCUACAUAUGGGGCGGCCGCAACGACACCGAGGGAGCCUGCAACGUGCUCUAUGCCUUUGAUGUCAACACGCACAAGUGGUUCACGCCAAAAGUGUCUGGAAUGGUCCCAGGAGCAAGAGAUGGGCACUCAGCUUGUGUCCUGGCAAAGACCAUGUUUAUCUUUGGAGGCUAUGAACAGCUGGCCGACUGCUUUUCAAACGAUAUCCACAAACUGGACACCACAACCAUGACGUGGACCUUAAUCUCUGCCAAGGGUACACCAGCUCGCUGGAGAGACUUCCAUUCAGCUACCAUCAUUGGCACAAAGAUGUACGUCUUUGGUGGCAGAGCUGAUCGGUUUGGGCCCUUCCACUCCAACAAUGAGAUCUACUGCAACCGCAUUAAGGUGUUCGAUACGGAAACAAACUCUUGGCUGGACUCCCCUCAAACCCCAGUGCUGCCUGAAGGUCGCCGGAGCCAUUCAGCAUUCAGCUACAAUGGGGAGCUCUAUGUAUUUGGUGGCUACAACGCACGUCUGAACAGACACUUCCAUGACCUCUGGAAAUUCAAUCCAGUUUCCCUUUCUUGGAGGAAGAUUGAGCCCAAGGGGAAAGGCCCAUGUCCUCGACGCCGGCAGUGCUGCUGCAGAGUGGGGGACAAAAUCAUUCUCUUUGGAGGCACCAGCCCAUCUCCAGAGGAGGGAAUGGGUGAUGAAUUCGACCUGAUGGAUCACUCGGAUCUCUACAUCCUUGACUUCAGCCCCAGUCUGAAGACACUGUGUAAGCUAGCAGUGAUUCAGUACAGCCUGGACCAGUCCUGCCUUCCCCACGACAUCAGAUGGGAGCUCUCUGCCAUGACGACCAACAGCACCAUCAGCCGCCCUAUCGUCUCGUCCCAGGGCUGAGGCCGGCCUGUCCCUCUGCCACCCCACCCUUGCUUCUCCACACAACGACCUCUUCUUCCACUGUCUGCAUGAGUUUUUUUUAACCCUUUCAAGCAAGGAACAUGUGAGCUCAGUCUGUCUUCCCCUAGCUAGGCCUCUCUCUGCUCUUGUCAUGUGUUGGGCAGCACAAGUGGACAGGCGGAGCAGGCUGCCAGGGAAGAAAUCUGCUCACCCCAGCAGCACAACUGUGAACUGCCCUCCUUGUUGAUGGCUCCAGCAUCUCCUGCCUUCCUGCAGGAAGGGGACUUCCUGCCUGUGGAGCUGCAUCUCUGCUGGCCUGGUCCCUGGCCACUUUCCAAGGGCCUGCAUCAACUCCUACCACCAGCUGUGUCCUGGGGUUGGCCCUGGGCUGUGAACUGUUCCUGUGCUGCAUCGGGAAAGCAGGGACCUCCAUGCCUGCACCUGCCAGUGCUGACCAGCUUCCUGGCACCGGAGGGCAGGCCCCAGCCUCACACUGAGCCUGAUGUGGGGGCCUGGACCCAACUGGACUCUCUGCCCAGCUCCCAUUGUAAAACAGCAACUGGGGGGAGUUUUAUAAACACUG